UUCCGGCAGUCAAUUGAUCACUUCCUACCGAAAAACACUUACUUUAGAAUCAAACUUUGAUUUGUAUUAUUUUUCAUUUCAAUAAAUGUGUUGGGAUUUUUAAAAAUAUCUUUUAAAAAUCCCAUAAUAAUAUUAUUAUAUCAAUAAUAUUAUGAACCACCCUAUGGCUCCGUCAUCAGACAUGCAUAACGUUUAUAAUUUUCAUAAUCAUCAUCAUCACCAUCACAGUCAACAUCCUCAACAGUCACCAGAUUUACUGAGAAGUGGGAGCCAUGUUAUUACUACUAAAGCCGAUUCUUCAUCGUCUUCUCCAUCAACAUGUUACAACAAAACGUCUAGUUUUUCUCAAGACUUCAUGAUGGGAUCAGAUACUUGCCAAGCACAGCUGCAACAUGAUGAUGACAGUUGUAGUGAUGUUGAAGAUUCCACAACUUCUAGCUGCACUUACAGGGCUGUUCAUCAUGGAGCGUCCCCACAUUCGUCGUGUUUUAUAGUUUCUCCUUUACGUCAAGGUGACUCGUCUAUGUUAUCGACUACAUCAAUGACACGAUACAAUAUGACAGAUGGAAACUUCUAUGGUGGUGGUAGUCAUGGGAAUGGGCAUCUUCCCCAAAGUCUUGAUGUUCAUGGAGGAACUAGUAGUGGUUUCAGAGUACAAAGACAAACAGCUAAUAUUCGAGAACGAAGACGUAUGUUAAGGUCAGAUUUGGCACCUACUCGAUCUGCGGAUAGACCCACACCGGUUAAAAUCAGCAUCAACUCGGCAUUUGAUGAGCUUCGUGGCCAUGUUCCUACAUUUCCAUAUGAGAAACGGCUGAGCAAAAUAGAUACACUUCGACUAGCAAUAGCAUAUAUAGCUCUAUUGCGUGAAGUACUAUCAGCCGAUUGUGACCCUUUGACUUAUGUUCAACGGUGUUUGAGUGGCGAACGGCAACCUGAGAGGGCUGAAUGGAACACUAGUGAUUUGACAGCAAGAUUAUCAUGGAUUAAUUGGGAGAAUUUAGGAGUUAAUCCUAACCGACGAGGAGCUUUAUCUUCCUAUUCUAUGCCAGACAAUGUUAAUUGAACAGCAAAAGAAAAAUUGUACGCUACAUAAAACUAUACAUUUAUUAUUGUGUAUUGGUAAUUAUCGGGACAAAAAUGUGCAAUAAAAUCUAUAAGAAAUUAAUUUAACGACUAAUAGUUUACAUUUAUUUAACAACCGUUACGGAUAAAAAAUUUAAGUCUUCAUGUGUUCCUUAAAAUUGUUGUAUAUUUGUAACACAUACUAAUCCAACGAAAGUGUAUUAGCACGUGUUUGCUUUUAAGGCUGUAGUUAUAUUGAACAAUGAAAACAAUAACGUAAAGGUACUAUACCAAUAAAAUAUACUUGUAAUAAACAUUGUUGUAUUACCAAAUAAUUAUUAUAAUAAAAAUACUAAUUAAUA